AUGGUGCUCUCUGACUUGGGUCGACGCAUCAAUGCGGCCGUGCAGGAUCUGUCUCGUGCGCCGAACCUCGACGAAAAGGCAUUCGAUGGCAUGAUCAAGGAAAUAGCUGCUGCUCUACUAUCUGCCGAUGUCAACGUCAAGCUUGUUGCAAAUCUGAGAAAGUCAAUUCGUGAACAGGUCAAGUUCAAGGACCUCCCACCAAAUAUCAACAACAACCAGAAACGACGAUUAAUACAACAGGCUGUCUACGAUCAUUUAGUGCACCUAGUCGACCCUCAUUCUAAUCCAUACACACCCAAGAAGAACAAGAGCAAUGUUAUCAUGUUCGUCGGUCUGCAAGGUGCAGGCAAAACCACCACCUGUACAAAAUUGGCUCGAUACUAUCACACAAGAGGUUUCAAAGCAUGUUUAGUCUGUGCGGACACCUUUCGAGCAGGUGCUUACGAUCAACUCAAACAAAAUGCAACAAAGGCUAAAAUUCCUUAUUACGGCUCUUUAACACAGACCGAUCCUGCUGUGGUUGCAGCAGAAGGUGUGGCCCUGUUCAAGAAAGAAAAAUUCGAGAUAAUCAUUGUCGAUACGUCAGGUCGUCAUCAACAAGAAGCCGAUCUGUUUAAAGAGAUGGUUCAGGUACAAUCUGCCAUUAAACCGGACCAAACUAUCAUGGUACUCGACGGCACAAUAGGUCAAGCUGUCGAGUCACAAUCCAAGGCAUUCAAGGACACUGCCGAUUUUGGAGCCAUCAUCAUCACAAAGACUGAUGGUGGUGCUGCUGGAGGUGGUGCCAUCUCUGCCGUUGCUGCUACACAUACUCCAAUCAUCUUCCUCGGUACGGGUGAACACAUGAUGGAUCUCGAGCGCUUCGAGCCGAAGGCAUUUAUUUCGAAACUAUUAGGCUACGGCGAUAUGACUGGCCUGAUAGAUCACAUUCAGUCUAUUACUCGCGACUCGGCGUCCAUGAAAGAGACGCAAAAACAUUUAGCAGAAGGAAUCUUCACUCUAGGGGAUAUGAAGGAGCAGAUCUCGAAUAUUAUGAAAAUGGGUCCUCUAUCCAAAGUGGCGGGUAUGAUUCCAGGUCUGGGCGGUAUGAUGUCCGGUCUAUCCGAUCAAGAUGGAACCGAGAAACUGAAACGGAUGGUCUACAUUUACGACAGUAUGACAGCCAAAGAACUCGAAUCGGACGGUAAAAUUCUCAUCAACGAGCCCACAAGAAUGACUAGAAUAGCUUGCGGAUCCGGUACCUCUGUUCGAGAAGUGGAAGAAUUGCUUACCCAACAUCGUGUCAUGGCCGGUAUCGCAAAGAACUUCGGUCAGAACAAAGCAAACAUGCAACGAGCACAGAAGAUGAUGCAAGGGCCAAAUGCCAAACAGCAAGCUGCGGCUAUGCAGAAAAGGAUGCAGGCUAUGGGUGGAGCAGGAAGAGGAGGCAUGCCGGGUGGUGGAAAUAUGGCCGAUAUGAUGAGAGCUAUGCAGCAAAUGGGUGGUGGAGGCGGUGGCAUGCCUGAUAUGAGCCAGUUGAUGAGCCAGAUGGGUGGUAUGGGUGGACUGGCUAAUAUGUUUGGUGGUGGAAGAGGAAGAGGAAGAUGA